GUCCUUUCCUAUCCUGGUACUAGAUCCUCAAUGAAUUCAUGAGGAUGAGAAUCUUUCUUGACAUUUUUGUGAUGGUUCCUAUGAAUGACUUUCCGUUCCAUGUAUUAACAGCCGAUCUCGAGAACUAAUAGAAGAGUUCAAAACAAGAGGAAGAGUGAAUGAGAUUUUCUAUUUUCAACCGAGUUUUUGUUUUUUCUUAAUCGAUACGAUUACGACAAAGUUAUUAUACAUCAAGAUGUCCAGCACCGGUAAUAAGCCCGAGAUGGAAGCGAAAAUCCGUUCCUGGAUUUUGGGUUUUUUGGAAGACUCGAAGGUGAACGGCACGCUGGAGGAGUUGCGGAUGAAGAGUCUGUACCAAAUUCUCCAAGCGCACAACGUGCCAUCGUGGGAAGAGUACAAGCCGUUUGUUAAAGAAGUCGUUGCCGAUUUCACCGCGAAACACAACGAGGAAGCCGAGGACACGGGUGAAGAGCCACUGCCGGCGUUGAAAAAACAAAAAGUAGAGGAGAAAGAGAAGCCCGCGGCAGCUUCCAAAAGUACAGUAGAUUCGUUUACGACAGAUAAUUAUGAUAAAGAAAAUCAAAAUGGAGAUUCUUUUUACACAAAAAAAAUGAAAUAAAUCCCGCGCCACACAACAUACCUACGCAUACUUCCCACCUACAGGCGCUCCCGCAGCCAGCACGACCUCCAAAUCCAGCAAGCAGGGCGCGUCCUCUCCCAAGCGCCCCCCCGCCGAGCAGGAAGAAGAGGAGGACGAGGAUGACGGCAACACUUACAUCCCCCUGGAUUCCACGAAGCGCGUUUCGCUGUCAAAUUUCAAGGGCCGGAAAUUCAUCGUAUCCCACGAAAAAAGUGUUACAAUAUACACAUUUGUAGUGAAAUCAGCAACACAGAAAAUUUCUCUGCAUGAGAGAGAAAACUUGUAAUGCAGAAAUCCUACGGGAAAACACCUAUGAAAGGAGGCUUCUAUGCGUAUCCGGCAUGACAGAGCUGGUCUGUCUUGCUUGGCCUGCAACACAAUGUGUAACUGUAACAGUUUUUUCUUGCGAUACAUCGACAUCCGGGAGUACUACCAGGCGGACGGAGAGAUGAAGCCGGGAAAAAAGGUAUCCUGAGUAAAAACGUACCCACACCAGAGUUGUAAUGCAGAUUUGCAAAGACAGGAAGACUUGUAGUGCGCAUCCGCAUGAGAGCUAUUUCCAAUCGUGUUUUGGAAUUUGUGAUGCUGUGAACAGGGUCAGCAGAUGAAUCUGUGAUGCGGCUGCACUUGCUAACCUGCACUACACUGAAGAGUGCAACUUGUCAUGCGUGACUCACAAACCUCCUAGGUUUGUGUUGCAAAAUCCCCAUCCUGACUCUGGUGUGGGUACGUUUUUACUCAGGAUAAAAGGGCAUAUCAUUGACAAAGUCGGCCUUUGACAAAUUCGUGGAAUUCGUCCCGGACAUCGACGCAUGGCUCGGAAGUAUAAUUGCGAUUUUUGAACAACUACGGAUUACAAUAGUUUGCCCGUAAUGAUAUGUAGUGAGGUCACGAACGUUCUAUCCUAGUUGUUUUUUUGCCACCUCACCUGCAAAAUGGCCGGCAGUUUUCAAGCGGGCGGAAGUGUUUUUUGACGAAAAAGAUUUUCAAUUAUUAAGCGGCCGGGGCUUUAGCGGCAAAGUAGCCCGGGCGGAUUCUAUCGAUUCCCGCUUGAUAAAACGACGCAGGGGAGCCGGCAAAAGGGGCGCCCUUCUGAGGCGCCCGCCGCCUUAGUUUCUGGCGAUUUGGGGCGCCCAAAAAGGGGCGCCCAAAAAGCAGCAGUCCGAAAAAAACAGCGAAUCCGCAUGGUAUGGGCCUCGUUUUGGCUCACAUUCGGGCCCCGUAAAAGACGCCACCAAAAUCCGCCAUUUCAGAGGCGGACUCAAGGCCAGAAGAUGCGGCAUUUUGACAAAAAGAACAAAAAAAAACAAAAUCCGCCAAAGGCGAAAAGCCAAUCCGCAUGCUACGGGCCAGAUUUGGGGCUCCCAAGGGGCCAACCCUGGCGGGGGCCCUGGCGGGGCCAUAGCAUGCGGGAAAGGCUUUUCGACUCGAAAACAAAUGGAGGCCAGCCCUGGGUCGAGAUUUUCAGUGACCGCCGUGCCGUCGUGCAUAACAUUACUCGCGAUGGCAUGGCGGGCAAAGAAGUCGCGUCUUUUUUUGGCGUGAAGACAAAAAAACAGCCAUGACCUCACUACCCCCGCUGAGGCGGCUAUUAUUGGUAAUUUAUAGUUUUUUUUGGAACUACUCAAACAGGAAAAGAUGCUAUACCCUCCUGUCUUUACAAUGCAAAGUAAUACUUUGCAUCAUAGGGUAGUUCUUUUUUCCGCUUUUUCACCCUGUGCUGCGGGACCGAAUUGAAAUCUUCGAGAAAUUUGGAACUCUCCACUUAAAUUUCAUUUCUACCAUCCAGCCUCAUCCACCGACGGAAAGUUCAGGGAGCUGGACAACGCGAAGCGGGUCAGUAUGACUUGCUCAAACGUUACAAUCUCACGCGUUACAAUAGAAUCUGGAAUUUGUGUUGCAUGAUCGGCAUGACAGACUCGCACAGCGUUCCACCUUUUGCAAUACAAAUUUACCCAGAUUGUAGUGGGGUUUGGAGGUCCGGAACUUGUCAUGCGCAACCCUAUGAGAGUUGGCUAGAUGUAGAUCAUGCUCAUCAUGCAAGACAAAUCUCAGAUUCUAUUGUAACGUUUGAGAUUGUAACGACUGAGCGGGUUAUAGUCAGCUACAACAUUUUCAAGGGAAAAAAACUCGUCGACAUCCGGGAAUACUACCAGGCCGACGGCUAUGGAAGUGUCAGAAUCGAAAUCGACAAAAUCGAAAAAUUUGUGAUGCAUAAAAUGCACGACGCGAGGUAUGUGUCUUGCAGAGCAGGCAAGUGAGGCCGAUUGUAAGCCUGUUUGGGGUUAGAGCUCGAGCUGCUAAAGUAGCAUGAGAAAACCCGUCUUCUUUGCCUAAACAGCAUGACAAACUGGAUUGAAGGACCACCAAAAUUUGUCAUGCGCCACUUAGAAACUGGGUUCCAACUGGCAUCCAUUUUAUGCAUGUUGACAAAUCAUUUCAAUUCUGACGAUUUCGAUUCUGACACUCCCAUAACGGCGAGAUGAAGCCCGGCAAGAAGGGCAUCAGCUUGAACGAAGCCUGCUACCAAAAGUUGAAAAGAAAUAGGACCAGGGUACAGGGAUGGAUUUGAGUGCUGGGCAAUUCAGUUGCCGCGUUCUUACUUAUUUGAAUUUCGUGCGAUAGUUGUACCAGUCAAUGCGAUUUAAGUCCCCAUCAAUAUCAGCGACGCUCACACCUUCCAGACUUCUUUUCGGGUCAGUUUCAUUUCUGAAAGAACAAGAAUGGAGAAUUUUUUCAAUUACGGAUGGUGAAAAAUAUCCCGGAGAACAAUCACGUGUGAGGACGCGAGUGUUAAGUACUGCCUUUUAUCCGGCGAAGAUCUUCUUGCGAAAAAUCUACAGACUCACACAUAGUGUGCUAUAAUAAAUGUGGUCUUUUCGCUCCGGAUCUGUUUUCUGUAUGAACAAGGAAAGCCAUCUCGAGAUUCACUCGUCAAGAACAUAGAAAAUUGAUACGAGGAUCUUGAUCAACAGCCAAGAGAAAUCUUUCCGAUCCGAAACGUAUGGAAUGAAAGGUGUAAAGAUGAUGG